GUUCAAAAAGCCGAAUCGUUCGCGAUCGACCCAUCAAUAGUGACUGGGCGAGUGAAGGCCAUCUUUGACGGAGAGGCUGCUACUUGGCUGUCAAACAGGACAUGUCUGUAAAGAUGGAAGUGGACAUCAGCGGGGUGUCAAGGGCUCAUGUUUCCAUUCUACCUGCAACCGAAAUCAAAGGUACGUUGAAAGCGGAAGCAGAAAGACCUCGCUGUGCCAGCACGCCAUGCUCACCCAUCAGGAGUACAGUUGCAGGAUACCAAAUCCUCCACAUGGACUCCAACUAUCUAGUGGGUUUCACCACGGGUGAGGAGCUGCUGAAAUUGGCCCACAAAUUGUCAGAGAGCUCCCCAGAGAAGAGCAUGUUAUCAGAGGCCGUUCCCAGUCCCAUCCAGACCCUAGAUGUGCCCAAGUCACUAGACUCCAGCAUCCAUCGGUCUUCAAGAAUCUUUAAAGCCAAAAGUCGCUACUACCAGCCUUACGACAUUCCUGCUGCCAGCGGUCGGAGAAGACGGCGUAUGCCGAGCUCCAGUGACACCUUCCUCAGGUCCGUGACUCAAGGCGAACAUGGGAGACUACCCUUAUGUCUGCUCAAAGGGAAGAGGACCCAGUCCAAGUCUCUGGACUACCUUAAUCUCGACAAAAUCAGCAUCAAGGAGUCAUCAGACACUGAGGUGCUACAGUACCAACUUCAGCAUCUCACCUUGCGGGGUGAGCGCAUGUUCACCAGAAACAAAACCUAAGAGCACACAACGUGACAUCAUUUCAGUCGUCUAUCGCUCCGGUGGGGACUCGGGUGCUAUUUUCAACUUUUUUCCUUUGCACUCAGAAUUAGAAGCAGCUCUUGAACAAGAUGGCCUGAUAAUCCUGCUCUGUUAUGAACCUGGAAUAAACCCUGCACUCCACACAUAACAACUUGUUAGUACUCGCACUGAAUUGUCAAAAUGUGAAUGAUAUAUCUGAGCAAUAACUGGUCUACCUUCUAUUUAUACAACUGAUACAUGCACAUAUCACAAUGUAUCAACUUUAGAGUCAUCUUCUACUGCCUAGAGGGACGAGCUUGGAAAGGUUUUCUUUUUUUUAAUGACACUGGUUGCGUCAAAUAAGUCAGUCCUUUUAUAUGUAUUUCUUUCAUACUGUCAAUAUUUCAUUAUACCAAGGUAUGCAUGUUUAAACCUUUGAUGCUCCAUUCAUAAUCUUUAAUGUGGUGGACUGGCAACCGGUCCAGGGUGUACCUCACCAUGUCCGGCUGUGUCCACACCAACACGGAUAUUUUUACAAAUGAACGUUCCAUUUGGGACGAAUGGUUAGCGCGCAGGCCUCACAGCUAGGAAACCUGAGUUCAAUUCCACCCUUGGCCAUGCAUGGGUUUUCUCCGGGUACUCCGGUUUCCUCCCACAUUCCAAAAACAUGCUAGGUUAAUUGGAGACUCCAAAUUGUCCAUAGGUAUGAAUGUGAGAGUGAAUGGUUGUUUGUCUAUAUGUGCCCUCUGAUUGUACACCCAGUCCAGGGUGUACGCCCCCUCUCGCACGAAGACAGCUGGGAUAGGCUCCAGUAACCCCGGCGACCCUCAUGAGGAUAAGCGGUAGAAAAUGAAUGAAUGAAGAACGUUCCAUUUGGUGUUAAAAAAUGUCUGUCCCGAUAAAAAACACACAGACCGGCUGUCAUCUCCAUUUUGGUCUGAAAAACCAACCACAGCUGACUUGGUCUUACGUUAUAAUGCAUAUGUUCAUCAAUAUGGAGAUAUAUUAGAUGAACAAGGACGUGUGUGUUGUCUUUUUAAAUCAGCAUGCUCCGACAUGAGCCCAGGAGUUCAGAAGCUCCAUUUUAAGGACAAAAACCCAUGUUUGUGUUGGAAAAGUAUGCCUUUUUAAAAUAUCCAUAGUGGUGUGGACAUGGCCUUAGCUAGCACAGGUGUCAGCACACCUGUACACAAAUGAAGUAUAGAAAAUUGAUGUGCUUAAAUGGUGUGUAUUAACAAACCAGCUGACCAUCAGACAGUACAGUAUAAGAGUGUCUAGGGUAAUCCACACAGUGGACCCCUUUAACCUUCUGGGUGAGUGCUAGUCAACUGGUUUGAAUCCGGGACCCUUCAUUAGUCUUCAAUGACAAGUGGCGACCCAAAUUGCAAAAAUAUUCCAACUGAAAUUUCUCGAAUAUCUUCUAUUUAAAGUGACUGUUUGCUACAAUUCCAUGGCUGCUAACUUCCACAGGAUCAAGCAUCAAAUCUGCUCCGAGCAUGAAUCUACGCCUUACGUAACUCAAACACGCACUGCUGGUGCUGUGAAGGUGUACAUACAAAACAUCCCACAGUUCAGCAUCAGUACAACUUUGAAGUUGAAUUUGAGGUACAGUAAUCCCUCGUGCUUCAUAGUUCACGUUUUUUUUAUUUUUCAAAAAUAUAUUCAUUAAUAAAUGGUGCGGCGGCACGGUGGUCUAGGGGUUAGCGCACAGACCUCACAGCUAGGAGACCAGGGUUCAAUCCCACCCUCGGGCAUCUCUGUGUGGAGUUUGCAUGUUCUCCCCGUGCAUGCGUGGGUUUUCUCCGGGUACUCCGGUUUCCUCCCACAUUCCAAAAACAUGCUAGGUUAAUUGGCGACUCCAAAUUGUCCAUAGGUAUGAAUGUGAGUGUGAAUGGUUGUUUGUCUAUACUAUGUGCCCUGUGAUUGGUUGGCGACCAGUCUAGGGUGUACCCCGCCUUACGCCCGAAGACAGCUGGGAUAGGCUUCAGCACCCCCGCGACCCUCGUGAGGAAAAGCGGUAGAAAAUGAAUGAAUAAAUGGUGCUGUUGAGCUAUAUUACUUUAAGUAAAUUGUACAUAUUUUUUCCUUGAAUUGAGCAUUUGUAGUAUUCUACACUGGCCACUGGAUGUCAGUAAUGAUACUGCAAUGUUUGAGACACACAAGCACCAGACUUCAUGGCCAGAACAACAACCUCUUUUUGCAGGUUUGAACCCUCUCAGCCACUAUAAUCUCUAACACGGCCUACUGUUGCCGCUGCGACUCAGGCCAACCUAAAACUCAACACUCAAUCCCAGAUGUCACUUCCUGUCCACACCCACUCAGCUCCCCUAGUACUGGAACACAUUUAUGGUAACACAAGCACCAGUCUUAUUUAUAUCUUAAAUGUCUUCUCAUUAUAUUAUGAUAUUGGGUAUGAGUGUAAAUGUGACCAUAGGGGUGUUAGUUCACGUCUAGAGGACUCUAAUAUUGUUUUAAAAAACUAUAUUUAAAAGGUUGUAAGCAUGUUUUUUGUGCUCUUAUCAACAAAAUAUUUGAUUUCUAAGGAAGGAAUCCAAAUGUGCUUGUCACCGUCGGGUGUCAAAGCAAUUAGCUGCGAUAAACGAGGGAUUACUGUAGUGCAAAAUAACAAUAAUAAUAAUAAUAUAAAAAUAACAAGUGUCAUGAUCAGAAAAUGUUCACAAAUUCCAAAAAAAUCCACAAAAGUGUGUUUGUAAAGGUUUUCAGCUUGUACACAGUAUAGUUGAGCUUUCAUCAGAGAAACUGGACUUGUCGUGAAAAUCAAACAAAUCCUUGGAUUAAAUUCUUCUGAUAAAUAAAAACUGCAAUUCAAAAAGACUUAAAUAUACAAAUGUAACUCUUCUGUUUAACUCCAUGGGUAAAAGGGACAUUUCUUCUGUAGAUUCCCCCUCUACGUGGGCCAAUAGAUGAAAUGCCACUCAGUUCCGUAAUGCACACAAACUGCACUGAAGCCAUUCUCUUUAUGGCUGCUUCUUCUCCAGCAGAUAUCUGCAUCUGUGUGUUGGAUGGACGGCACGAUAAAUCGUUUGAUGUCCGUCCCCUCCUGCGUAAAUCCCCCAUAAACAAGCUGAUAGCACAGAUGUGAGGUGCAUUCAUGGACAUUGGGUCAUUCCAUAAUUUGGGGGGUGGUGGUAAAACCCUGUGACCCCCGAGUUGAGAAUCACUGCUCUAACGGUGUGUGUCUGAUACCUCCAUCAGGAGGUAUCAGAGCAAACUUGGUUAUGAGCAAACUUUCUGUGUCUGUCAUAAACUUCUUCUGUUCUAGGGGUGUAACGGUACAUGGGUUUGGAAUCUUUGGACUAAUAACAAUCCCACUAAUUUGGGUUUUUUGGGACCUAACUUUCAUUUCAGUACAGAGUUGUACUGAAGGACAGGAAGUAUCUAUGAGCAAUUAAUACCACAGUAUUAAUAAGAUGUGUUAUUAAGUAUUGCACUCAUUGGCUUUGUCACAUAUAGUAAGACAAGGUAAGGUGUUGAUGGUUUGUUCAGUCCGUGCCACCACUUUCUGCUUUGUUUAAUUAUACAAAGUUGUGUACAAAAAGCAAGGAGAUCUUAUGUUUUGCAUUUUGUUCAAUUACUGUGCUGACAAUGGAGUGAAUCGUGAUGACGGCAUACCGUUACACCCCUAUUCUGUGGCCACGUAGUAAAGAAAAUCUUUUUAGUCAACAAAGAACAGAUCGGUAUAAAAUCCCUUCCUUAAAGACUCUUAUCUUAAGUCAGACGACUGAAGCCUCGUGAGCCGGAAUGUAUCUCUGCACUGCCACCCCCCAUGUUCAAAGACUGUCGCCAUAAACAUUAACCAGCCAAGGAGACAUCAACACUCCUGGAGAAAUAUCAACACACCCUUUUUUGAGCACUUUUUGUUCUGCCUUGAUGUCAUUCUUUUGUCGAGAGUGGAAUGUUUGUUGUUUCUAUGGUGUUUCCUUCUUGGGUGUCAGGCUCAUAAACUUCUAUCAUGUGUCAGUGAGUUAUACAUUUCCAUUUCUACUGUACCUUUAUCUCAUGGACAAAAGCCCAACACAAUCAAAGGGUGAAGAAAGUGAAAGUGAAGUGCCGUGUGUAGUGUAUGUUAACUCACCUCCUAUACACUUCUGUUGUUUACCCUCAAAGAUCACAAAAUGUACACCUGAUGUUGAAAAAUGACUGUUACGCUACUCAUUAAAGCUGAUUGCAAUCUAAGAUCCUGGAGACGUUUUAGUCAUGUGAAUCUGCAAAUUUGUCCUAAAGCAUUUUCAAGAAUAAAAAUAGAUACAUGUAAAUGAAAUACAAAUGUAUGGGGGGAGCCAGGGUGUGGAGAAUUUUUAAGGUUAUGGUCAGGCGUUUCUAUUGAGUUUUUUUUUAUUAUUGAACUGGAAGCCAAUAGAGCUGAAAGAGAAUUGGUGUGACG